GGCUGUUUGGUGCAUGAACAGUGAGAGGAAGCAGCCAGCAUCUACCCUGAAAAAUUUUUCUUACGCUGCCAAGCUGCCAGAUUCCCGGAUGCGCACAGCUAAGAGUGGGGACAUGAAAACUUUGAGAUACAUUUUUUCAAGCUGUACAGAAAAGUUUAUCAACAAAAAUGCCAUCAGAUGCACUUGUUCCAUUACCAGCACUUAUUGAUUUUGCACUGGGGACUCCUGAGAUUGGUGCUGUUAAUUUCAACAUUUUACAUUCUGUGUUGCAUGUUAUAGUACAACAAACACACCUGUAUGAAACACAAGUUGAAUUUAAGGGACAUGAUGCUGACCGUCUCGAGACAUUAGUUAAACAGUCAUCUCCCAGACCAUCUGUAAGGCUCCAGGAGUACCAGUUACCUGUUGUUUCUUUCAAGAAGUCAAAAGAAGGUAUUCCCAAGGUAAAAGAAGAUACUACAUCAAAAGAAGACAUUUCUGAGGCAAAAGAAGAGACACACGGGGGGCAGCGAAGAGGAACUGAUGCUGCUUGAAGGCUGUGGAGACCAUCAGUGGGGCAUUGAAUCUGUCUGAGCAGUUGGGGGAAACUGAGUACAGCAGCGGGUGAGAGCACACACAGACAUCAGCUUCUCCAUCGUCUUCUUCAAGACUCCAACAUAAACUAUCAUUUAUUCUAGCUGCUCACACCUGGGGCUUCAAUAGUUAUAUGAGAGUCAAUCUUGGUGAUAAAGACAGUUGGUGUUUGCUACACUGCAGAGAGGAGGCUGUGAAAUAGUGAUUUGGAACUAUUCGAUCUGUUGUGACUUGCACCAUUGAUGAUUAAUA